UCAAAACCCAUUUAAUCAUUACUUAUGAAUUUUAUAUAAUCAAUUAAGCUCACAAAUUAGUUUGUGUAUUUCGACUGGAAAAUUAUAUAUAACGAAUUAUGACUUUUUGAUUUCGCGGAGUCGUUUUUCCAAAAUUUAGUGUUCUUUGGCCAGAACGAGAAAGUCAGCCAUUUUGGAUAGAACAAAGCUUGAAAGUGUCAUUUUUUCGACGGUGUAUACGCUUUGUAUACGCUUUAAGGAGUAACACAUUGCUUCCAUAGCAUGCUACCCCUACAGAUUUAUAACCCCACGUAGCAAUGGCGGAUAGGAGGAAAUUGCAAGGCGAAAUUGAUCGAUGCCUUAAGAAAGUAACAGAAGGAGUAGAGAACUUUGAAGAUAUUUGGCACAAAGUGCAGAAUGCCACGAACAGCAACCAGAAGGAGAAGUAUGAGGCAGACCUCAAGAAAGAGAUCAAGAAACUCCAGCGUUUGCGUGAUCAGAUUAAGACCUGGAUGGCAUCUAAUGAUGUCAAAGACAAAAGAGUGCUCUAUGACAAGAGGAAGCUCAUUGAAACGCAAAUGGAAAGGUUCAAAGUGGUCGAGAGGGAGACAAAGACAAAGGCUUACUCUAAGGAGGGGCUUGGGGCUGCUGCAAAGUUAGACCCUGCUCAAAAGGAGAAAGGCGAAUUCACUGGUUGGAUAUCGCAAUGUAUUGAUUCACUGAACAUACAAAUGGACCAGUUUGAAAGUGAAGCCGAAAAUCUUCAGGUCACCUCAAAAAAGAAAAAACAAAUAGAUAAAGAUAAACUAGAAAGAAGUGAAGAACUAAAAGUGUCUUUAGAAAAACAUCGAACCCAUGUUUCAACAUUAGAAAAAAUUAUGCGAUUAGUGGACAAUGAUGCUUUAUCAAUUGACCAGAUCAAGAAAAUCAAAGACGACAUAGAGUACUACAUAGAUUCAAAUCAGGAGCCAGACUUUGAAGAGAACGAAUUUAUUUAUGAUGAUUUAGAUCUGGAUGAGCUAGACCCACUCUCAGGUGAAUAUGCAACUUCACCUACAGGGAAUGACCUGGAUGAGAAUUCUGGCACCCCUACAUCAAUGAAUUCUAGCUCCCCAAUCCCAAGCCCGGGGCUUUCAAAUCAUUCCAAGGAUGAUGAGUUUAAAAAAACUCGGACACGGUCCCUAUCGGGAGAAGCUGUUAAGGGUAUCCCAUCAAAAGCAAACUCAAACAACACAAAUAUCAUGACUACUCCUGUAAAAAUAUUAACUACCCCAACUAAGCAGCUAAAUAUGGGUUUUAACAUGUCACAACAUGCAGUACAGCCACAAGCAGAUGCUGGUACUAAUCAUUUACCCCCAGCGUCUACUGUUGGCCAGUUUUUCAGCAAUUCACUAAAUUCAGCGACUGAAACGUCAAAGCCUAUGGUAAACUCAGUUGAUCAUACGUCAUUAGCCAACAGUGUAUUCAGCUCUAGUUCUAGUUUUGGGGGGACCACCAAUGCUGCCGUCUCGGAUGCUGCGAUGGCUAGUCAGAAUUUGUUGCAGUCACAGAUGGUGAGCCUAGCAAAUAGUAUGGCAGCCAGUAGCCUUGCUUCCAACAUGCCACUGUUCCAGUCGACCCCUAGUAACUUCAACAAUACGUCCCUCAUGUCAUUACCCUCUUCAAUCCAUAGUAGUGCACCUACGUCGCAACAAGGCAGUAGCUCAACAGUGCCUGCUCUUGCUGCACUACGGGCGGGGGUGACAGGGAUGGGAAUGAAUGGCAAUCACAGACCAGAUAAUGGUGUGACCUUACUGAAUGGACCAGCGAGCGCUGGAGGGGAUAUUUUACAUAAUAAUAAGGAGGUGAGUACAUCAGAGAACAUGUCAUCGUUAAAACUGCUAUCCCAGCAGGCAGCAGUUAGUGCAGGACUGACGACUACGCCACCUGUUCCAACUCAGGUGACAUCUAUGAGUAAUAUGGGGGGAAAUACCAAUAACACAGUGACAACAGAAACUACUCCCAGUGAUCUUUUAGGGUUAUUUGAAAGUGUAAGUCAACAACCACCACAGCCUACCGCCCCGUCACCAGCAGAGCAAAUACAGCAGCCUACUACUACUAUACACCUUGUACCUUUAUUGGGCGUGGCCCCUCUGGGACGCCAGCCACUCAACAAAGAACAUUUGUAUCAUUUAGCCAUGUUAGAUUCAUCUUACCAUCACUUACCACAUCCGUCAGAUUCUGAGAGACUUCGGCACUAUUUACCAAGGAACCCUUGCCCAACAGCCGCAUACUACCCACAAUUAGCGCCCCCUGGUGCUGACACUUUAGACUUCUUUCAACGACUGUCCACAGAAACACUAUUCUUUAUAUUCUAUUAUAUGGAGGGUACUAAGGCUCAAUACUUAGCUGCAAAAGCAUUAAAAAAGCAAUCGUGGCGGUUCCACACGAAGUAUAUGAUGUGGUUUCAGAGGCACGAAGAACCAAAAAAAAUCACAGAAGAAUAUGAACAGGGCACAUAUAUAUACUUUGACUAUGAAAAGUGGGGCCAAAGGAAAAAGGAGGGGUUCACGUUUGAAUAUAGAUUUCUAGAAGACCGAGACUGAGUUGAGCUGACCAGUGGUUGGUGGUUGCAGCAAUCAUUUACUAGAUGGCAAUCCUCAACCCAGCAAUUUUCUACUCAGAGCAGUCAUCUACUCAAGCUCGAGUUAGAGCCCAUCAGAGGAUAGUAUCGCCAUAUGUAGUUGAGUUUGGAUCAUGUAGAGUGGAAUCAUGUCUUUGAUCUAUUUCAUUAAGUAUGGCCCCUGUCUAAAGUGAUCCAUGAUCUUCGAUCCUCGAUCUCUGAACAGGAAACAUUCUAGAGAUUGUGAUAUCAUAUUGGUACACAAGUCUGGAAUUCAUUGGAUUAAAUUUGAACAUGUUUGUUUCAUCACCUUUGUCGCAGAUUUUGGAUUUAUUAUUGUUCAGGUUGACAUCAUGUUUCUACAGGAGGAAUAUGACACUGCCGAAAAUCAUUAAGAUAUUAUAAAUCAGGGAACUCCUUGACCUCGGCCUUCUAAAGUAUAGGCCUAGUUAUUAUAUGUUAUUAUAAGCUCUUGAAUUGUUGGUUCUUGAGAAUCAAUGGCCAUUAGGAGCUGAAUACGUGAUGCACACAAACAUGGCUUGCAUAUCUAAGAGAGAAGUUCUCCUCACAUGGUUGGAAUUUAUAUUCAAGAACAGGAUGGAGAAGUCAAAAUAGUUUGCUAACAAUGUAAGAGAUACAUCAUGAUUAUGGAAUAUGGACAGGAAAUAGUACUUAGUGAACAGUUUUUAUGGAAUAUUGACAUAAUGAAUGGUGUAAAACACUGACAAGAAUUUGAUCACAAGAUUAUAAGAAUUGUGUUCACAUCUUAAUGGCAACUUUCUGGUAAAGUUGUGUUUAAGAGUGUUCACUCUUGCAAUGACACUAAGGCUUGGAUGACCAAUCCAAAAAACAGGUGCUUUUAUGUAGGAUCAAAAACAUCUUUUCAUCAAGCAGUGGCAGACAAAUCUGAGAAAGUUGAAAAAUGACUGAAUCUGAUAGAUUUGAUAUUUUAUUAAUAUUUUGAAUUUUUCAGUGUUUUCUGUCCAUUGAUCAAGUAGAUGUUUAAGCUUUUUGACAUUGACAGCCUAAGUUGCUAUUUAAAUCUGGAGUAUAUUAGUACCGGAACAGUGUAGAAUAUUUUUAAUGACUGCGUCUAGUAGUAUCAAGUUAAUAUAUCAUAACAAGGUGCUAAUGUAUCAAACCAUUGUUUAAAUCUUUUGUUCACUUGGCAUUUAUCAAAACUCAAUAUCAUCAAUGGUGUAAUGUUUAGGAUUGAUAAAUGCUUAGAGUGAGUGGUACUUGUAGGUCAAAUCAACUGUAGUAUGCAUACACUGAAAUCUGUUAAAGACUUGUCUUGUGGAUGAUGUAACAAAACCUCACCCAGCUGAGCAUAAAACUGCAAUAUUUAGCAAGGUUAGAACUUGAACAUGUGAUCGAUGUCAUUUAUAUGCUCACUAAGUUAUAAAUACUAGCAUAUGCAUACAAUGGUAAGAUUGACACACAUGUUCUAGCUCACAGAUUAGUGUUAUGUUGAUAAAAUUUUGGAUUGAGCCUUCAUGGCUUGUGAAAAGGGCAGCAAAGAAGAUAUAUUGUGAUCUCAAACCAUCGUUACUCUAUAAAACUUGGGUUGAGUGUAUCGUCAUGGUAAUUCAGUAUGUAAGCAUGGUAACUCGGUGUGUAACUAUGGCAAUACAGUGUAUUUUAACAUUGUUACUCACUGUGCAAUCAUGGUAACUUUGUGUGUAAUCAUGAUGUCCCAUUGAAAUUGGUUCCUUUAAUAACUAGAUUUGUUUUCAAUUUUUGG